CAUCAUAUCUCAAAUCAAGCUCAAACAGAGAGGACGUAUUGUGAACUAGCUCGAUUGUAGGAACUUAUAUAUAUUUUUUGUUAAAUGUUUCUGCUUAAUCAAAGUACAAAUUUAUAUUAGGAUAGGGUCCUCUUACAUCUCGUCGCCAUCAUGGCGUCGGACGAACAAUUUUCAUUAUGUUGGAACAAUUUUCAUACGAACAUGUCAGCAGGCUUCCACGGCCUGCUGUCGAGAGGAGAUUUAGUUGAUGUAACUCUUGCUGCCGAGGGCAGAUUGUUGCAAGCACACAAACUAGUUUUAUCAGUAUGUUCACCAUAUUUCCAAGAAAUGUUCACGAGAAACCCUACUCAACAUCCUAUAGUAUUUUUAAAAGACGUUAGUCACUCUGCAUUAAGAGAUUUAUUACAAUUUAUGUAUCAAGGUGAAGUUAAUGUUAAACAAGAAGAAUUAGCUACCUUUAUUAGUACUGCGGAACAACUUCAAGUUAAAGGUUUAACCGGUAAUCAAAAUGAAGACAGUUCCACGCCAUCUAAACCAAAGCCGACGUCGCGGCCAGGCCCGAGGUCGUCCCAACAAAGGCAAUCUAUGACUAAGAUAGAGACUGAUUUAGAUUCUAAGCCCUCCUCCACUCCAAUAGCAAUUAAGCGACCAAAUAGGCCAUCAAUAGCAUCGAAUAAUUCGUCAUCUUCUCAAAGCGGACCUGCGAAACGGAAAUGUGUUGAUCCUCUGGAGGCUGGUCCAUCCGGAUCUGCCAAAGAGGAAUUUGUUACAAUACCAGACGAAGACGAAAAUAACGCUGUGGCACCGAAAAUGGAACCCGAAUUUGUCAAUGAAAGUAUGUGGGACGAAGAUGACGAUGGCGCUAAUAAUGAUGAAACUAACUUCGGCGAAGAUGACUCUAAUAUGGAAAUGUCUGGAUUUGAUGGCUCUGUUACUGGUGAUGGAACGAUAGCCGCUGGUGGGGAAGGAGGGGCUGUUGGCGACGCACAAGCGCGUUUCAUCCGCGCCGGAAAAGGAAGGCUGCUGCUGCACAGAGGCUACACUUUUCGUUUGAAAAACAAUCUGGCGCACGGACGGAAACAAUGGUACUGCUCGUCCCGGCUUACGUCGCGCUGCCUGGCCGACGUGAACACGGAGGGCCCCGAGGGCUUCGAGCGCAUCGUGCGCUCGCGGUACUCGCACAACCACGCGCCGCCCAACGUGCGGCGCUUCGCCGACGGCCGCUACGUCGUGCGCACGCCGCACCAGGCCGGCCACCGCGCCGCGCCGCUCGACCCGCACCACCAGCUGCUGCAGCUGCAGCACGCGCUGGCGCUCUACGCCGCCACGGCGCACGCCUCCGCCGCCACGGCGUCCGCCGCCACGGCCUCCGCCGCCACCGCCGCCGCCGCCGGCAAUGGCCGCCAGGCCUCGCCGGACCGGGCGCCGGCGGCCAAGCCCCUGCUCGUCGACACGCCCAUCAAGGAAGAAAAUUAAUUCCAACUUUUACCAGAAACGUGACGCUCUCUUCUACAAUCGGAAUUAUUGAACUACUUAAAACAUAAUACGAGUCGACAUUGAACGUUCGAAGCGGCGGUUCGGACGGCUUUUGUAGCAUAUUAUACUUUAAUUUAGACUAGUUAAUUAUUAUUACGAAUUAGGUUAUACGGGGAUGGAAUGGAGUAUUUGGAGAGAUGGCUUCGUCGGAUUAUAUAGUAUCGGUAUCGUGAACGUGAGUGUUGAAAUCUUUGAUGUCUGAUUUUGGAUGUUGUGGUUUUGUGGACGUUGCGGCCCUUGCGAGAAUUAGGAACGAUUGUGAAUGGUGUGUGUCGGUGCGGUUUUUAGGUUCAGCGGUCUCGUCGAGCUCGUAUCUUAUUUCGUAUAGGUGUGGGUUAUUUAUGGGAUGAAUAGUUAAAUCGAAAGCGAGUGUUUAAAAUCUAUUUGCUAGUUGUCUUAAGUCAACCAUCAGACAAAAUAUAUCAUUACCCUGACUAGUGGUCUCUUGACAGUGUCGUUUUUUAUUACAUAUAUUUGGUCAGACAAUUCGACGCAAUGGUUUCCUUUAAUAUAUUCUCGCUGAUGGAUGAAUAAUGGUUGCUUAAGAUAAUCGAUCGUAUUCAUAUUGAUGUUAAAUAUCCACAGACGGUUAAUAUCAGGUAUUGGCUUGUUUGAUUUAUAAUAGUGGCUCGAUUCAGCCGGGCGGCAUCAUCGAAGGAAGCGCUCGGAGAUAUAGAACGUAACAGGCGAGUUAUCCAAAAGGAGAGGUAGGUUAGAACCAGAACCCGAGAAGGGCCGAAGGAGAGUUGUGAUCGAAACGGGUGCGUAGGUAAGCUCCGAGGGCGUCCGCCUUCGGAGAUGUGUUGGCGACUGAUUACGCGAACUCGAUUCAGAUUAUAGCAAUGAGUGGAUCCCUCGACUGUACUUAGAAAUAUUUAAUUUAUUUUGAGAGUUUUAAAUCUUUACACAAUUUACUACAUAGAUAUUAAUAAUCCGCCUCUUUAUCUAUAAGAAUUAUAAAGCUACCUUCGAGAACUCUCGCCGUAGCGCGACACGGACGGUCGCGGAGGCCGGCUUAUUGUGCUCCUUGCGAUGGAUUUAUAAGUACUUAAGCUCAAUCAACUACCUCUUCACUUUUUAUACGGGUUUACAGAUUAGUUUAAUUAUACAAUUUUAUAUACACGAAUGAAUACUCAAAAGCUUUACUUGAGUAAGGUGUUUAGGAUAUUACGCUAGGCUAGGUUAGAUAGCGGGCACGCCGGGGCAGUUCUCUGCGCAGGGUCCGGCGUGUGUUAUUAUUAUAUUAGCACGUACUUUAAUAUUAUUAAACCGACUACCUCCUUAAAUAAUUAUUACUCGUACUGGAAUGUUCGCUGUUGUCUUCAAUGUGAAUAGGCUCUUGAGACUGUUAUCUAAUAUAUUUUAUUGAUUGUUUUGUUACUCGUCAUUUUAAUUUUCAGUAUGUAACUAUCGUGCAUUUUCCUAAUCCUAAGACUCUGAUUUAAGUACAAAAUUUUCUAAUAAUUUAUAUCAUUAUUUAAAUAUAUCGUAGAAUUUACUCAGUCAGUCUGUUGCCAGAGCUAUAGUCAGAUUAUUAUUUUAUUAGUUAAAAGUAUGGCGGUCCUGUCCGUUCAUUCAAUUAUUAGUCAACAAUGUAUUGAAAAUCAUAAUUUUAUCUGCAAUUUAUAUUAUCUUUUUUACACACAUUUGACACUUUCUUUUGUACCUGAUCUACAUAAUAUACAUUAUGUACUUUAAAAAUAAUAUUAAUGCCAAAACGAAAUCGCCAAUUCUAGUGUGGCGAUAGAUUAUUUAAUUUUAUGUUUUUAAAUAUUAGAUAAUAGCAAUAAGACCUUAAAAUCGAUUUUAAAUGUAUUCGAUGUAAGAAUUAUUUGAAUGACUAUAUGUCAAUUACGAUAUAUACGGCUAUUUUAAGUGUUGUGGUUGAACGCAUUAUUUAAUAGGCUUCGCUCCUUUACACAUUAUAAUCGUUUCAAACAUUUGUACCUAGAAUCUCAUAGUAAUGCUUAUGUUUGCAAUGAAACACUGUUGCCGCAACACCAUUAGAAUUACGUUCUCUGACUGCCUCGAACUUAUCUACCUCAUUUUUGUUAUGUUUAUUUACUUUCGAGUCUUAUAGUGUAGUUUUAUAUUUACCAUUAUAAUAUUAAGAUUUUUUGGGUUCAUGUAUGGGGUAUGUUUUGUGAAAUAUUAAAUCGUACUUAUAAAUAA